CUUCGCCCGACCAAAAGCCCUCUGGUCGACUUCCUUCCAUCUCCAUCUCCAUCUUCUCGAUCUCCCCUCCCGUCUCUCCUCCGUUCCGGGCGAGUCUGCUCGUCGAUUCUCUCCACUGAUCUUCGACAGGCCUUCCGUCAAGCAACCAGGAGCCUUCCUCUUACGUCCCUCCGAGCCGCCACCCUCCGCCAUCCGCCGUCUCUCGAACCACCUCCCCGAUGCGCUUUGACCAUCUCCUCUCCGUCGCUGUUCUGGCGGCCUCGCUCUCCUCGGCGAUGGGCCAGACCAUAGCCACUUCCCAGGCCCCCGCUCCCACCAACGCUGCCCCUCCUCCUCCGCCGCCAGCCUCUGCCCCUGCUCCUGCACCGGCCACCAGUGCAGCUCCGGCUCCGGGCAAGACCACCCAAGCCCCUCCUGCUCCAGCUACCUCUCAAGCACCGGCUCCUGCACCGGCCACGCAGAACUCAGGAGGCCAGACAAACAACGCCCCUGCACCGGUCGCCACCAACAACUCCCCUGCCCCAAACCCCGGAAGCGGAAACCCGAACGCCCAGCCGGACGGAUUCCAGUUCAGUCCGGCUCCUCGUCCAGCUGCCAACACCGCUGCCAUCGUUGCCGGCGUCGACAUGAACGGCAAUCCUCUCCCCGGAACAACCGUCCUGACCCCGCCGUCGGGCCUCGGUGCUCUGCCGCUGGGUGCACAGAUCGGCGUCGGCGUCGGCGCCUUUGCGGGUUUCAUCUUUGUCUGCGCCACGAGUGCCUAUGUCUACACCAAAUUCAUCCGCAAGGAAGACAACUCGGCCUAUGGCCAUCUGCAUGGCCCGAACGGCUCGAAGGGCCAUCAGCCCCGCGGAUAUGACUCUGCAUCGAACGGCCUGCCCACUCAUGCUGGUUCUGUUCCUCCUCCCCACAACUCGAACCGCCUGUACUCUCCAGGCGCGGGCCACGGUAAUCCCUACGACUCUGGCAACCCGCGAUCCCCCUCUUCGGCCCCGUACGGCUCCUCCCAGCCGUACAGCUACCCCCCUGAGCCCCAGCAAAUCCACCAGCACUCGCCUCAGGCCCGUGGCUAUGGCCCUCCCCAAGGCAGCAGAGGCUACAACAACGAUCCUCGUCUCCGCUAAGAUAGAUACACCGGUCUCUGCCUUUGCUGGCGAUGCGCGGCCGCCUCCUCGAGCCAGCUGGCACAUUCUCUUUCUAUUGUUACCUUGUUUUUAUCGCUCUGUAGUUUCUUUUUUUUUACUCCUCUUCUUCCUUCUGUGGCGUUCCUCAUGCCAUCCCAUGACCGAUGGAACUCUGCGCAUGUGCUUGGUGCUUCUGCUGGAUCGCAGCACGCUUCACAUUGGCUGCGCUAUGAUUUAUAUACAGACAAGAACGAGACGCUUUCUCGCUGGUGGAGGAAGUGGGCUCUGUUCUCAUGCACCCUCGA